AUGCCCGAUAAUGCUCAUACUCCGUCGGAUGUUCGGGAGCCUAAGCCUUCACCAGACUCCGAGAGCCUUGUCAAGCGUCUCGCCGGUCCCUCUACUACAAAAGCUGGACUAGCCAAAGACCAAAGUGAGAUCAAUCGUAUCAUUGCAGAGGCAUCUAAAGGAUCCAAGUUCUACGAGAACGAGAAGAGGAAGGAUAAAGAUCUCACGGAAAAGAUUGCACAUAUAUUGAGUCAUCGUGACGAGGUUCUGAAAGGUGUUGACCUCGAGAAGGUGGAACAAGGGGUGGAUCACCUGCUGGUGAACCUUGAGGCUAACCGAGACUUAAGCCAUACCAUCGUCCAUGUUGAUAUGGACGCAUUCUACGCAAGCGUUGAGUUAUUGGAUAACCCUCAGCUGAAAGGCAAAGCAUUCGCCGUGGGACAUGGUGUCUUGACAACGGCCUCAUAUGAAGCUCGGAAGUAUGGCGUACGGUCAGGAAUGCCAGCAUUCAUCGCGAAGAAGCUUUGCCCGCAUCUCAUCCUUGUGAACAAUCGCUUUCAACAGUACAUGACAAUGUCGAAGAAAGUAAUGGACAUAUUCCGUCGUUACGAUCCUAAUAUGUGCGCAGCAGGCUGUGACGAAGGUUAUCUAAGCAUCACAGCAUAUUGCGAAGAGCACGAUGUGACUGCUGAAGAGUGCGUCCAGCAAAUGCGCGACGCCGUUUGUGAGGAGACCAAACUUACUGUGAGCGCUGGUAUUGCUCCGAAUAAGAUGCUAGCCAAAAUAUGUUCAGAUAAAAACAAACCAAAUGGGCAAUUCAAGCUUGAGUUCACGCCUGUCGCUAUCAAGGCAUUCAUGCGAGACCUUUCUAUCCGGAAGGUGCCCGGAGUUGGCCGUGUCAAUGAACGGCUGCUGGACUCCAUAGGUAUCAAGACUUGUGGCGACAUCUACACACAUCGCGCGGUCCUUUCUUUGAUGGACAAACAGUUCGGACUGCAGUUCCUCUUGCAGACGUAUCUCGGGAUUGCGUCGAAUGCCGUUACUCCCGGCCAACGUCAGGAGAGAAAGAGCAUCGGUGCUGAGCGGACGUUCACCGCUCUCAGCGAUAGAACAAAGAUUCUGUCGAAACUAGAAGAAGUCGCUGCAGAAUUGGAGGAAGAUAUGGAGGGCAAUGGCUGGACGGGGAAGACGGUGACGCUCAAAUUCAAGUUAGAUACUUAUCAAGUCUUCACACGUGCAAAGUCCUUCGAUAGGUGGAUCUCCACCAAAAAGGAGGAUCUCUAUGCUAUUGGAAAAGAGUUGCUUACGCCAGAGCUGCCUCUGACAGUCAGGCUGAUCGGUCUCAGGGUAACCAAGUUGAAAGAUUUGCGAGCUGAUUUGGAUGCAAGGCCCGGAGGUAUCAAACGGUUCUUCGAAACUGCCGCUACUGGUUCCUCAGCAACAAAGAAACGGAGGACUGAAGCUGACACCGACGAGGUCGCACACGAUGUAUCUCCGUCUCAUACACCGGAUGGAUAUGAGGACGCCAUGCCAGGAUACCAUGAACAUGUAGAUAUGGACGGUGAAAGUGCAAUAGGCGCGAACGAUCAAUUCGAUAUGAAGGACGAGGACGACGAUGUCAUUCUUCAUGACGGCGUAACCUGCGAUGAGGCUCACGAUAUCGAUAAGCAAAGGGUUCGUCCGCCGCACUCAGCUCCAGCUUCUACGUCCGCCACUAGGUCUGCGUAUUUAUCUACGCCAGGGAAAGCUGCGAAGCCUGUUUCUACAGCAUCGGCAACGCCACGCGAUAGGCAUCACAAUCCGGCAAAGGCGGCAAGAUCCUCGUCCUCUCGCCCAAGCAAUCGUCCUGCCUCUACCCCCAACAGUGGUGUUCAUGCACAGAUAUGCCCCGUGUGCAACAAGACCAUCGAGACGGACAAUCAGGGUUUCAACGCGCAUAUCGACUUCUGCCUGAGCAAAGAUGUUAUUAUGGAGGCUCAAGCUUCCACAUCUGCGCGGACAUCUAUGCAGACGACGUCGGCACGUAAGAAGAAUGAUGGAAGACGGAAUGGUAAGAUGAAGCCUGGAUGA